GCUGUCUUUCUCUUCAGGCCCUCUUUGUUGCUGUCGUAGAAAACUGAACCAUGUCAUCCUCAAUUUCCGCAUUGAAAUCAUGUAACGUAGCCGUUAUUGGAGCUGGCCCAGGGGGCUUAGUUGCAGCCCGGGAACUCCGUCGGGAAGGCCACAAGGCCGUUGUGUUCGAGCGCCAAGCCCAAGUGGGUGGCACCUGGGAGUACCAACCCAGCGUGGAAGCAGACCCACUCGCGUCCGACCCAUCUCGAACCAUCGUCCACUCCAGCCUCUACCCGUCUCUCCGCACCAACCUCCCCAGAGAAGUCAUGGGGUUUCGAGACUACCCCUUCCUGUCCCCGGGUUUAGCCCAUAGGGACUCGAGAAGGUUCCCGGGUCAUCGAGAGGUUUUGCAUUAUAUCAAUGAUUUCACCACCGAGUUUGGAGUCACUGAUUUGAUCCGCUUCGAGGUGGCCGUGGAGGUGGUUUAUACAGGGCUGGGUGCGGAUGGGAAGUGGAGGUUGAGAUCCAGAAGGGGAAAUGAUGAGGAAGUCGACGAGAUUUUUGAUGCUGUGGUUGUCUGCAAUGGGCAUCACACUGAGCCCCGUAUCGCCGAAAUUCACGGCAUUGAUGCAUGGCCGGGGAAGCAAAUGCAUAGCCACAAUUAUCGUAUUCCUGAGCCCUUCCGAGAUCAAGUUGUAAUUUUGAUAGGGAAUGCUUUUAGUGCCGAUGAUAUCUCUAGGGACAUUGCUCAAGUUGCCAAAGAAGUUCAUGUUGCGUCUAGAUCGGUAGAUGACAGUAUAUUGGGAAAGUAGCCUGGCUAUGAUAAUAUGUGGCUUCAUCCUAUGGUCGAAAGUGUCCACAGAGAUGGUACAGUGAUAUUUCAGGAUGGAAGCGGGGUUCUUGCUGAUGUGAUUAUGCACUGCACGGGAUACGAGUAUUAUUUCCCUUUUCUUGAUACCAAUGGCAUCGUAACUGUGGAUGAUAAUCGUGUGGGGCCAUUAUACAAGCACAUUUUUCCACCAGCUUUGGCUCCAGGGCUUUCCUUUGUUGGGUUACCAUGGAUGGCUCCCCUUUUCGCAGUGUUUGAAUUGCAAAGCCAAUGGAUAGCAGGCGUUCUAUCUGGUCGGAUUGGACUCCCAUCACAUGAGGAGAUGAUGAAGGAUGUUGAAGCCUUUUACUUGUCGCUCGAAGCUUAUGGGACGCCUAUGUGAUAUACUCAUAAAAUUGGUGAUUAUGAGUUCGAGUACAUUGAUUGGGUUGCUGCUGCGUGUGGGCUUCCAAGACUUGAAGAAUGGAGAAAGAAAAUGUAUCAUGCAGUUUUCGUCAAACUCCAACCAGAGACAUAUCGUGAUGAAUGGGAAGACGAGGACUUGGUGAUGGAAGCUCAGAAGGACUUUCUUAAGUAAAGUGAUCCAAGCUUGGAUUCCAUUUCACCUUUGUAAUAUUUAAAUAUAAAUAAAAGAAGUAAAGUGAUCCAAACUUAGAGUCCAUUUCACCCUUGUAAUAUUUAAAUAUAAAUAAGAAAAAAACUCUCGACAACAAGAAGGUCCGACCAGAGAUAUCGCGAUGAAUGGGAAGAUGAGAACUUGGUGUUGGAAGCUCAGAAGGACUUUCUUUUAAGUA